GCCGCAGGCUCUGGUGUUGACUAGACGAGUCGAAUUUCUCGAGGGACGCCGCUUUAGACUCGGAAUGAAGCAUCUAACUCCAUCGUUACGUGCUUGGCGCAACGCAGCUGCCCUCGCCAGGCCUUACUCCCAAACGGUUGCCGCUUCGGUGGACGAUGUAAAACCGACAAGUGUCAAGCCUAAGCCUUUCAGCGAUGUUCCCAGGGUGCCCUCACUGCCGUUGGUUGGAAGUUCAUGGAUGUACUGGCGUCUUGUGGGAAAAUACCACCCGGACCGGCGCCACCUGGCGGCUGCGGACAUGUACCGUAAGUACGGUCCGGUGGUAGCCGAGCGCCUUCCAGGCCGAUACUCGCUGGUACACCUCUUCAGCGCUGACGACUUCAGGACGCUGUACCAGGAAGAAGGCAAGAUGCCCUUUCGUAUGGGGGCUACGGCCUUCAAGAAGUACCGCGAAAGCCGACCUCAGUACUACGCGAACAUCGGUAUCCUAAAUUUGCAAGGCCAGGAGUGGUACAAAGUCCGUUCGAAGACGCAGCCGUACACCCUCCGGCCGCGCACGAUCAUGUCCUACGUGCCCGGCAUGGAUCUGAUUGCCGAGGACGCCCUGCAGCUCAUCGAUAAAACGAGAGAUGACAAGAAAGAAGUGGACGACUGCUACACGAUACUGUACAGAUGGGCGCUCGAGAGCGUGAUGCUGGCAUCCGCCGAUACCCGAAUAGGCUGCCUGGCGGAUCCGCUUCCUGAAGCAUCAGACGGCGCGGCUUUCCUGCAAGACAUGAACGACGUGUUCGGCUGCCUGCAGAUCUUUGGGUACCGCUUCCCGUACUUCCGCUACUUCCGCACGCCUACCUGGCGCAAAUUCGAGAAGUCCAUGGACGCAUUCACCCUGCGACUUUUCAAGCACAUCCAAGAGGCCGCGAAUCGCCUUCAGACGAGACAGAGUGAUCAAGAGUACACUAUCCUGGAACAUCUCUUGGUGGAGAAGAAACUGGGCUUCGGCGAAAUACUUUCCUUCAUGAGCGACUUCAUAAUGGGCGGCGCUGACACGACUUCCAGCUCUGCUACAUUUUGCGUCUACAAUUUAGCGAGAAAUCCAGAAGCACAAGAAAGAGCACGCCAGGAGGUGUUGUCCGUAGUGGGCGAAAACUGUCGAGCUGUGGAACCUCAGCAUCUCACCAACUUGCCAUAUGUGAAAGCUUGCCUUAAGGAAUCGCUAAGGUUAAACCCAGUUCUCUCCGGCGUCUUCCGAAAAUUGGACCAUGAUGUCGUCAUGUCCGGCUACACCAUUCCAGCAGGCACACCUGUGUUCACGGAAAACUACGUUGCCAGUCAGCUGGAGGAGAAUUUCACCAAUGCGCACACCUUUCUGCCCGAGCGCUGGCUCAAAUCCGAAGAGCAGCGCGACGACUGGACCCUUCACCCUUACGCGUCCUUGCCCUUCAGCUUCGGCCCACGCAUGUGUCUCGGCCGAAGAAUGGCAGAACUGGAAGUCUGGAUUCUCCUCGUUAAGCUGCUGUCAAAGUACAAGAUUGAGUACCAUUACGAAGACAUUGGAUUUGUCGGCAAACUAGCCAAUGCACCGGACAAGCCAGCGAGGUUCCGGUUCAUCGAACUGAAGCCCGAAUCUUAAUAUAGUACUUCGAACAACUUAAUUAUAUUUACACUAUUAUCUUU